UCGUCAGUACAUAUGACCACGGAGCACCCAUCCAGAAGAUAGUUUGUAGAUCAGUGCCUGUGAGUAAAUGCACAUACAGUUCGUGCGUUUUAGACAUGAGCAGUGUUUAGCAGAGGUUGCGUUGUUGGGCGGUGCAGAGAGAGAAAAAAUGACCUCCUUUGAUUUUGGCGAAGGCAUGGGAUAUUCGUGGAUACAUAUAGCCUAAUGUAACUGUAUUCGUUGGCGUCUGGCGAUUUCACUACCAACUGGUUCAUACGUUUCGACGCCAGUACCAAAAUGGAUCGAGUAAAGAGUUCUAUGCAGCAAGUACCGAACCCAAUUCCCAAAGUUCUCAGCCGUCGGACUGGUGCUGCGAAUAGUUUGGAACUUGAGAAGGAGAACUUUGAGCGAAGUCAGGCUGUGAGCAUCAACAAGGCCAUUAACACACAAGAGGUCGCCGUCAAAGAGAAGCAUGCAAGGACAUGCAUCCUGGGCACCCACCACGAGAAGGGCGCUCACACCUUCUGGGCGGCCGUCAACCGCCUCCCGCUGUCCAGCAACGCCGUGCUCUGCUGGAAGUUCUGCCACGUCUUCCACAAGAUUCUGAGAGAUGGCCACCCCAACGUGAUAAAGGACUCGAUGAGGAACAAGGCGGACCUCACAGACAUGAGCAGGAUGUGGGGCCAUUUGAGUGAAGGUUAUGGAAAGCUGUGCAGCAUCUACCUCAAACUGCUCAUCACCAAAAUGGAGUUCCACAUCAAAAACCCCCGUUUCCCCGGCAACCUUCAGAUGUCAAACAGACAGCUCGACGAGGUGGGAGAGAACGACGUCAACAACUUUUUCCAGAUGACUGUUGAGAUGUUUGACUACCUGGAGUGUGAGCUCAACCUGUUCCUGGCAGUCUUCAGUUCUCUGGACAUGUCUCGUUCGGUGUCGGUGACGGCGGCUGGUCAGUGUCGUCUGGCUCCUCUUAUCCAGGUGAUCCUGGACUGCAGCCACCUGUACGACUACACCGUCAAGCUGCUCUUCAAGCUGCACUCCUGCUUGCCAGCAGACACACUGCAGGGCCACAGGGAUCGCUUCCAGGAGCAGUUUAAGAAGUUGAAGAGUCUGUUCUACCGCUCCAGCAACCUGCAGUACUUUAAAAGACUCAUCCAGAUCCCCCAGCUGCCUGAGAAUCCUCCAAACUUCCUGCGGGCGUCGGCCCUGUCGGAGCACAUCAGCCCCGUGGUGGUGAUCCCCGCGGAGUCUUCCUCGCCGGAGAGCGAACACGUGGUGGAGACGGAAGACCUGGUGGACACAGACAUACCCCCACAGGCUGCCGUGGAGACCAGGUUUGACGAUCUCUUCGGGGCUGCUACGGACCCUUUCAACUUCAACAGCCAGAAUGGCAUGCGCAAAGACGACAAGGAUCGUCUCAUCGAGCAGCUCUCAGCAGAGAUCCAGGCCCUGAAGGAGGAGCUGGAGACCUUCAGGCUGGAGAGCGGGCGUCUGUGCCAGGCGCUGCGUGGGCGCGUGAGUGAGCUGGAGGCGGAGCUGGCGGAGCAGAGCCACCUGAAGCAGCAGGCGCUGGGGGAGAGCGAGUUCCUGCGCGCCGAGCUGGACGACCUGCGCCGCGUCAAGGAGGACACCGAGAAGGAGCAGCGUAGCCUCACCGAGAUCGAGAAGAAGGCCCAGGCCAAUGAGCAGCGCUACACCAAGCUGAAGGAGAAAUACACGGAACUGGUGCAGAGUCAUGCUGACCUGCUGAGAAAGAAUGCGGAGGUGACGCGGCAGAUGACGGUGGCGCGGGCGGCUCAGGACGAGGUGGAGAGCGUGAGGAGAGAGAUGCAGGAGCAGGUGAAGGCAGCCCAGGACGCCACUGAGCAACAGGAGAAGGCCCAGCUUGAGCAGCUCCAGGCCCUGCAGGCAGAGCUGCACUCUAGCAGGACCGAGCUGGACACCCUCAAGAGCACCAUGGCCUCCUCACAACAGUCGAGUGAGGAAUUGAGUACGCAGCUGACAGCGCUGGAGUCUGAAAAGGCAGAGCUUGCAGAGUCUGUGGCCAGUAAGGAGGCGGAGCUGGCCAGUGUGGGGGCGGAGCUUGAGCGCGUGCAGAACAGCCUGACCACCGAGAGGGAGAGCGGAGUGAAAGCCGCCGAGGCUCUCCAGAACCAACUCAAUGAAAAGGAGAGUCGGGAGCAGGAGCUGGAGUGUCAGCUGGAGGCGUUGCGCUGGGGAGCCCUGCAGGGGGCGCUGGAGGAGGCCAGCCACAUCAUCCAGGACUCACUCACACAGAUAGACGACCCAUCACACAUCAGCUGCACCAGCUCGGCCGACUACCUUCUGUCCAGGUGCCAGGCAGCACUGGAAUGCGUGGGGCGUCUGCAGACGGCCAGGGAUGGUUUCCAGGCCGACAGUGCAGAGGUGUCGAAGCUGGUGCAAGCCGUCACCCAGUUCGCCCACCUGGUGGGGGACACCAUCGUCCAAGGCAGCGCCACCUCACACAUGGUGCCCGUCGACCAGGCAGAUGUCCUGUCGAGUAGUGUGAAGGCGUGUGGUGCGGAGGCUCUCUCCCUGCUGUCCCAGCUGCAGGAUCGGGAGGCUCUGGCCACCGCCGACAGCAGCAAGCUCCAGGAGGCACUGGAGGGGAUCAAGGCCACCGCAGAGAAGUUGCGUCCGCGUGGUCUGGAGCUGCAGCAGGGGGAGCUGGGGGAUCUGGUGGAGCAGGAGAUGGCCGCCGCAUCACAGGCCGUAGAGUCAGCCGCCUCCAGGAUAGAGGAAAUGCUGAGCAAAUCUCGGGCGGUUGACACUGGAAUCAAAAUGGAAGUCAACGAAAGGAUACUGGGCUCCUGUACAGACCUGAUGGAGGCUAUUAAGGUGCUGGUGUUGUCCUCCAAAGACCUCCAGAGGGACAUCGUGGAGAGCGGCCGGGGCGCCGCCACCAUGAAGGAGUUCUACGCCAAGAACUCCCGCUGGACUGAGGGCCUCAUCUCCGCCUCCAAGGCCGUGGGCUGGGGAGCCACCGUGCUGGUGGAUGCGGCAGACAUGGUGGUGCAGGGCAAAGGCAAGUUUGAGGAGCUGAUGGUGUGUUCACACGAGAUCGCAGCCAGCACUGCCCAGCUCGUCGCAGCAUCCAAGGUGAAGGCAGACAAGGAUAACGCCAACCUAGCUCGUCUGCAGCAGGCCUCCAGAGGGGUCACCCAGGCCACUGCAGGUGUUGUGGCAUCCACCAAGUCUGGCAAAUCUCAGAUUGAAGAGACCGACACCAUGGACUUCUCCAGCUCCAGUCUGACCCUCACGCAGAUCAAGAGACAAGAGAUGGACGCACAGGUGCUGGUCCUGGAGCUGGAGACGCGUCUGCAGAAGGAGAGGGAGCGGCUGGGGGAGCUGAGGAAGAAACACUACGAGCUGGCCGGAGUAGCGGAGGGAUGGGGGGAGGGGGAGGAGGGAACAGGUUGAGGCCUGCCACACAACAGCAGCUAUUUCAAGGAUGGACUUCUCUCUCUCUCUCCUCUUCUCCUCCCUUCUUUUUCCCUUUCUCUGUCUUUCUAUCUCUCUCUCUGUUCAUCUGUUCUGCUCACCCACUUUCCUCUCCUCUUCUGUUCACGCAUCUCAACACCAGAAGUAUUCUCCUCUUAUCUUCACUUCCAGUCUUCUCAUUGCAAUGCAAAGCCAAAUAAAACGGUGCUUUUUGGAUACCACACAGACACACACACACACACACACACACACACACACACACACACACACACACACACACACACACACACACACACACACACACACACACACACACACACACACACAGGGCCGCCGACAACUUUCGCCGGGCCCGGGGCAAAGUCAUCUGAAAGGGCCUCUACCCAAUACAUACAAUGUAUGUCCCUGGGCCCAGGACAACAAACCCAUUUGUUCCCCCUUUGCCGGCGGGCCUGCACAAACACACACACACACACACGCACACACACACACACACACCCUUCUCCUUUCCCCUGCCGCCCAGGAGAUGGGGCACUUCCAUGAGGGAAGCAACAAAAGACGGCCAAGAGAGUAGUGGGCCGCGGCAGGACAGGACAGAACAGGAGCCCGCUCUACUCUAAACCGUCACGGGACACAGACUUCCAGACUACCAGAGACUGCGGGCUUGCUGAGUCGACACCUUAUCUGUAUUUAUUCGAGGAUUUCUUUUCUUCUUCUGCCCCUGAUCCUCUGACGUGUGUUUGGAGGUCUUCAGUGUGAACCAAUAAUCUUCUAACCCCCACCCCCCAAGCACCUGUAUUCCUUACCCAGGCCUAACAACGACCCCUCACCCCCUCAACUCUGACCUCUCUCGUGACCCCCAAACUACAGGCUCGUCCAUCAGCGAUGACUAUAUAUGUCAGUCCGUCAGCGAUGGCUGGCUGACGACACGGUGCACAAAGUUGGGGAGUCUACUCUACACUGAGACCCUGACGGAUCCUCCAUUUUGGAUGCUACAGUACACACAUAAAGUGCUUCACACAACGACAACCACAGCGGUUACCCCACGUCUGGUGUCUGUCUCUGUGUCCCCCUUUCUUACCGGACCCAGAAAAGGGAAAAUACAUUUUUUAAAAGAAAAAGGGGAACGAGAGGGUGCUGGAGAAGACCCAUGGAUGGUAGUCUCUCCCACCCCCAAGACUUAUUACAAUAUUGCACUGUUUUUGUUUCUGCUCUUUUUACCGGGCUGAACCAUUAGAAGCCUUCCCGAUUCGGCUUUGCUACACAUUGGACCAUGCUCAUUAUUUCCGCAGACACACACACACACACACACACACACAACAGUGGCCUUGCUUUGGACUCUACGGACUCUGCAGACAGAGAGCAAGAGAGAGACAUGAGCCAAUGUGUUAGAUGCAUCCACGACGUGUCAGAUGCCUCUGCAGUACACACACACACACACACACACACACACACACACACACACACACACACACACACACACACACACACACACACACACACACACACACACACACACACACACACACACACACACACACACACACACACACACACACGUGACCCACUAUGGACUUCAGUUUACGGUCAGCUAUGACGCGAUGACCUAAUGGACACGCAUAGUCUCCUUGUGUUGGAGCUCUUGAUUUGUCUGUCUUCUCUCUUUCUUUACUUCUCUCUCUCUCUCUCUCUCUGUCUCUGUCUCUCUCUCUUUCUCGCGUUCUCUCUCACACACAUACACACACACACACACACACACUCUUCCUUUGUAAUACAUGUUAUCUGUGUGUGCAAUGAUUGACUUAAAAAACUAACGUGACAUGAGAUGAGAUGAUCCAUGCUACACAACACAACGCCAGGCUAUGACUUUAUAUGAACAGAUAUCUUGGUUGGCUUUUAUGUUUUUUUGUUCGUUUGUUUGUUUUGAAAAAAAAAUAUAGUGGUUCUUCUUCACUUCUACUCUUUCUUGACUUGGCUCUGGGAUGACGUAUUAGAGCCCUUUAACUACACUGUUCAUUUUUCUCAGUCCACAAUAAUAUGGCAGACUGGAGGUCACACGCAUUUCCUCGAAAGGUUGAGGGGGGAGGAAGAAGUCCAUGACUAAGCUAAGAUAUGACUGUUUGUUGAUGACUUGUCAUUUCUGUCUUGCCAGUAUUGAUGGGUGGACUGGGUAGGGGGGUCAUGCAGUAGGCCUACUCACAGUCAAAGACGGGUUGCCUUAGUAACGGAAGAGCUUGGAGUGUGUUUCCCCAACACCACAAUUGCUAACCAGUUAGCAGCAUCGCUAACAACAACAACAGGCUCUUUUCCACUGCCGGUUUGCUGGUAGGUCUACAGCUCGAUACAGCAGGACUCGGCCGCCACUUUUUGCUUUUCAAUUGGGCACGACACGGCUCAAUCGAAAAAACAAAAAAGUGACAGUAGAGUCGCGCUGUGUCGAGCUGUAGGCCUACCAGAAAACUGGCAGUGGAAAAGUGCCCUAAAGUAAGCUAAGGGCGUUAGCAACCAUGGUGUUGGAAAAGCCCUCCUGGUUCACGGAAGACUGUUAAUGUUGGGACAGAAGACUGUUAAUGGGGAUAUGAAAGACUGAUUGAAUUCAUGAAUUGGAGGAUAUUUGAUGUGCAGCAAGCAAGCAGGCACAAACUCCUGAAACAUCCUUAGCAACACUAAGGGAAGUAGUUCAUGGAUUCAGUAUAUGAGGAAUGUUUUAUUUUCUUUUUAAUUUGAGAGUGAGAGGAAUAAAGAGCUGGCAUCUGUCUUCUUCAUAGCACUCUACUUCUAAUUUUGCCUACAGACAACACACACACACACAUACACACACACACACACACACACACACACACACACACACACACACACACACACACACACACACACACACACACACACACAUACACACACUAGGGUUGCCAAUGGAAAAAAUCUGGGACGCUUCAUUGAGGCAGGGGUCUGGGGUUCCUCCCCCAGAAAAUGUACAUGUAGAUGUAAUUUCCUGCAUUUUAACAUACUGUGUCCCGUUUCAGCUCAACAUGGAGCCCGUACUUUUAUCGCUAAACACGGGACGAUUCCCCAUUUUAAGGGACCAUUGGUAACCCUAACACACACGCACACA